GAAUGUACAAACCGGUGCUGUAACGCAACUACCUGUACUUUGAAACCGGGAGCGGUGUGUGCACAUGGACUUUGCUGCGAAGACUGCCAGUUAAAACCAGCGGGGAUUUCUUGCAGAGAGUCAAGUAAUUCCUGUGAUCUGCCAGAGUUCUGCACAGGAGCCAGCCCUCACUGCCCAGCUAACGUGUACCUGCACGACGGGCACGCGUGCCACAGGGUGGACGGCUAUUGCUACAACGGCAUAUGCCAGACCCACGAGCAGCAGUGUAUCACCCUCUGGGGCCAAGGUGCGAAACCUGCUCCUGGGAUCUGCUUUGAGAGAGUCAAUUCUGCAGGUGAUCCGUACGGCAACUGUGGCAAAGACUCCAAGAGCUCCUUUGCUAAAUGUGAACCCAGAGAUGCUAAAUGUGGAAAAAUUCAGUGUCAAGGGGGAGCAAAUCGACCUGUAAUUGGUACCAAUGCUGUUUCCAUAGAAACUAAUAUCCCACUUCAGGAAGGUGGCAAGAUUCUGUGCCGUGGUACCCACGUGUAUUUGGGUGAUGAUAUGCCCGAUCCUGGUCUUGUGCUGUCAGGAACCAAGUGUGAAGAUGGAAAAAUUUGCCUCAAUCGCCAGUGCCAGAAUACAAGUGUUUUUGGUGUACACAAAUGUGCAACAAAGUGCCAUGGACGUGGAGUCUGCAACAAUAAAAAGAACUGUCACUGCGAGGCUGACUGGGCCCCCCCGUACUGCGACAAGCCAGGGUUUGGUGGCAGCGUGGACAGCGGACCGAUUAGGCAAGCAGAUAAUAAGAGUUUAACCAUAGGAGUGUUGAUAACUAUUCUGUGCCUUAUCUUUGCUGGAUCAAUCAUGUAUCUGAAAAGGAAGACUUUCAUGAGAUGGUUGUUUACAAGUAAAAAAACAACAAUAGAGAAACUAAGGUCUGUGACUCCAGCAAGACCUUCAAGUUCAUCUGAGCCUAAUCAUGUUCAUACCACAUCUCUCAGUAAAAAUCUCAUCAUGAAGCCACAAAAUACAAACAUACAAAAAAGAGAUGGUCCGAGACGACCACUGCCAUAUCAGAUCAUUGACAUUAGUAACCCCGUGAAGACACACGAUUUGCCACAAUUAAAAACACCGCAGCGGGUCCUUCCGCCCCUUCCCCAGCUGCCAUGCCAUCACGCUGUGCCUGAAAGACCCUUGCCAGCUAACCCUUCGCUGAGGUUUGCCCAGGAAAACUCCAAACCCAACCCUCCUCGGAAGCCUCUACCAGCAGACCCUCUGAACAAAGCGCGCUAUAACAGUGCAUGCACAGCAGUGCCUGGACACACAAAAGCUCUGCCUCACGUUACUCCCGUAAGACCUGCUCCUAAGCAUCCACCACAGGUAUCCAGGUCCAGCAACACUGCUGAUGUGAAAUGACUAGAAAAUCUGACACCUUUAUUUUAAAAAGUGAAGACAGAAGUUUGCACUAUCUUUAAACUCCAGCUGGAGUUCAUUUUUAUGACAAUACUUAGAAUUUUUAAUGUUUAAAACAGCAUUAUUUUUAAGAAUUCUGAGCUACUGCCUUUGGUGCUGUGCUGUGCUAUGGUGCUCUGUAUACUUGCUCAGGUACUUGUAAAUUAUUAAUUUAUGUUGAAUAUUUAUUACAGUGCAGUGCACUGUAGUAGAUAUUUUUACCAUAGCUGAGUUUUCCUAAAAAGGAAGCCUUUUUUGUAAUAUUUCAUUGAACUUGAAUAAUUCUGCUCUAUUGGUCCUAUGUAGAGUGUUUAGUUUUGAUCUAUUCUUUAAGGAGUGCUGAUACUCAUGGAUAAAUCAAAUGUAUAAACAACUCAAUCUCAAUGGUUCAUAGGAAACUUUUGAAUAAAUAUGUCAGGGUAAAAAAAUCUCUUCUGGAACAUGAUGAAAUGCCCGAUAUCUGCACACAGAUGUGUAACACAUGUAUUUAACCAAAGUAUCACUCAGUGUUAGCAGUUGUACUGUAAUUUCAGUUUUCACAUCACUGUUUGAAAUCGUCGAGAAAUCUGUGCUGAAAGAGGAUGUAUUCACUUUGGACAAGUUCUCUUACUGAAGAAGUACUGUAUAUCAUAAAACUGUAUUUUUUUUAACCUCAUUUGCCUCGGACACAAUAUGGUUAGUACAUAUUAAUGCAGAUAUCGGGCCUUCCAGUGUCAUUACCUUUUUGAUGCUUUGGUAAUUAAAUUCAACUAUACUGUGUAAGGUGGUACCAUCUCACUAUGUUGCAUAGCUGUCCUGGUUAGACUGACAAAAUAUUACACGCAGGGGGUGGGGGAAAGCCCAGCAUUACAAAGAAUUACAUUUUAAGAAUCAACUAUUAUACUUAUUUCUUUUGCCUCAUCGCUCUGCUUAUCAACUGUAUUUUGCAUAUUUACUACUGUUUUGUAUUUAACUUCUAGAAUAUUGUUCUGGGUUUCUUAAUUUUCAAAUCAAAAUGCAUAUUUUAAUACAUAGACUUUGGUUAUAGUAAGACAUGGAAAAAAAAAUUUAAUGUCUUUGCUAUGCGGUAGCAUUACAUCUCAUCUCUUCUGUACCUUCUCAGUAGCACUGUAUUCUCAGUUGAAUACAGUUGUUUCACCUAUGCUGUAAUAAAACCAAUUUUCAAAUAUCAGUUGAAAUAGAGGGAGAAGGAACUAUUACCUUAUAUAGGUUAGUUUCUUCAUUGCUUGUAGUUUUUGUUUCUUUAAGCAAAAAUAAAAGCAUUGAUAGAAACUUG